AUUAUCUAGCAAACCAAAUUAAGAUGGAAAAACUAAAACUACUCUAGCAAACUACAGUUAAAGUUAAUCUAAUUACAGGUUGGGAACUCACUUAGGCAUGAUUCCCCCUAGCCACUAGCCAGAUUAAUGAUUGAUGAUCUCUAACCUAUUUCACUUUCAUUCACAAUGCGGAGAAUCCUUAACUAGACCUUGAGUCUGGACUAAAGGAACAAGGCCCUCUUGAGUCAAUUGCCUAGAGGGAUGUAUCCUUCUCUAGAACAACCGAUCAAGGCGUUCUAAACUAGACUCCCUCUAUCGAAUGAGGUUCUCAAUCGAUACAAAGCAGUGAAUCGACCCAAGUUUCGUCCUCCGAGUGUGACCAUAGAAAUCCAUUCUUCUUCAUGUCAUGCCCGAGUUUCGUCCCCCGAGUUGCCAAUUUAUAUCCGAUUGACUUGAAACUUGCGCCUAUGCUUCACUUUAUGUUCUAUGACCUUAAAUGUGAAAAAGGAACGCAACCUAGCGUAAAAUAGGGCAAAGAAGCGAUAAUUCAAGCUUAAACGAUCAAGAAGCAAAGGGAAAAACAUGUGCAAAUAUCGAGUCAUCACUUGUUAUUCUCCUUAUAUGUCCAUUCGUCUACCUUCAUGCUUCACAUUGUAGAUUUUGGUAUUUUCAGAGAUGUUAUGACUCUCGGCUUGGACUCGAAUUGAAGAGCACGAAGACAGAGUUUCACCCCUCUUUUUAUCGCCAUCAGCCACCAUUUGUUCUAAUGUUUUCUUGAUCAUUGAUGACGAAGAGAUGUUGAAGACUUUUGGUAACAAGUGCAAGUUUUUAUUUGCUUUGUAGGUCCUAUAUAUGGGUCGGUUGUUUCCGUCUCUCAGUCUCCGUGCCCUUUGGCUCCUCGUCCGUGAACAUUGGUGGGAGGUUGAAGGUGCCAAGUCUAACACCUCACCCUAAAAUCAUGGGUCGAACCGAUGGUUCAACCGCGCAGCGGAAAUCACUCGGGGUUUACGUUUUGGAAAUCUCGACUCAACUCACAUCCACAUCAUUAUGAUAUGUUUAAAACUCAACUCAUCAUAACAAUUUACUAAAACUCACUUUCUCAAUUCAUUAAUCAAUCUUCGUCAAAUUCAAGGUUCACAAAACCCAGACUAUCAAUCUUUUCUACUCCGUUCAUACUCAACUCAAUUUAAUUAUCAUACUUGACCAAUGUAAACUAUCAUGCAUGCUCAAAACUCGGAUCGAAAAUAAGGAUUUCGGAGUACAUCAAUAUGUGAAAACCUUUUAAAUCAAAAUCCUCCAUCGAUCAUUGUGCAGUACCAAAGUCAUCCUCAAUUUACCACACCUGUCACAUCUAGAAAGAAAAAUGGAUCAGCUCCUAAGCUGAGUGUGUGGACCUGGCCUAUACGGUAAAACUAUUGUUAGCAUGCCAUCACAUAAUCACAUCUUGUUGGUUAAAAACAUAUCAUCAACAUAUUAUCAUGCCACACAAAAAUCUCAUUAAUUCCUAAAUUUAAUUAUAGGUCAUCAAUGCAAAUUCAUCUUUACCCACUUCCUCAUGGCAUGAUUCUCAUUAAUCAAGUCAUAUAUCGAAAUGAUAUCGUAAACUAACCUCCGAUCAGGAAUUUAUCAUAUCAAUCCUUCACUCAAAGUCAACUCAUCAUUUAAACAUCAAACAUAUCAAUUAUCCAUCCACUAUCAAAUCACCAAUUUGGUAUCAAUCAUAUCAAUCUUUCAAUCAAUCAUCAAUCGAAUACAACUUCACGAUUUCCUUCAUGGAAAUCAUCUCCUUUCUCUAAAGAGUACGUAAGUAAACUACCUUCCCGUAAUCGAACCUUCCACAGAAAGCAGCUCGCACUCGGUAAUAAGACUAAAACAUGGAUUCUUUCCCAUCGACUGUUCCUCUCACUUUGUUCGAGCUACUUCGUGCCUUUCACAGGGACCAGGACGAAUAGGGAACGGGAGCUACUCUUUUCGUUUCGGGAUUGGAUUGGAGUAGGUAAGGGCAGCGGGACCAGCAAAGCAAGAUGAACAAUCAAUCGGACCAAGCAAGCUAUUAAGCCAACUAACAAAGCCACAAGCUAUAGGCAGGGUCCUUUGUUAGCUCUACGAUUAAGGAGUACGUCACCUUCCUUUAGUAAACUAACCUCGUCGUAUGUUGAGUUUUACUAUACUAAAUGAGUUGGCGAUGCAUGAAAUGCAGACUCUCCAUUUGCUAUUAAUUUGCGCGCAAAGGUUACCAUACGCCCACCCCGCUCGAGCUCAUCAUCGUAGUGGUUAUAUCAAAAACCAUAAUCUCAUCAAAUCUAGGAUUAUCAUAAAUCCUUUCAUUAGGACUGCAACCCAAUCUAUCUCAUAGGGGUAGGCAUAGGCCCUUCUAUGUCUAUGUGAUUUUACAUCAUCAAACAAUAUCAAUUUCUCUCUUCCAUCAUAUCUCAAUCGAUCCAAGAAACCAACAGUGUCCAUUGAUAUUCCCAGUCCAUGUGUAUCUCACAUCAUCAUAUCAUCUCAAUAAUAUAAUAAUCCAUCCUCUUCAAUCAAUCUUGACAUAACUACCAGGUACUCAAUUUAUCAAUACCUCACUCACUCAUCAUAAUCAUUUAUCACGUCAACAUUUCAUCCACAUUAAUAGUAAUACAAAUCGAUCAUGAUAGUAUCUCAUUCACAUCAUCAUUAAUCAAAGCAUCCAUCCUAUCAACAUUGUCACAAAACAUCUUAGUAGCAUUCAUAUUUAUACAAACCGAUAUUCUAAUCACGUCCAAUGUAGUCAAAAUCCCGAUUUUAAUCUUAAAAUCUUACGAUUUUACGAUCUUACCUAUGGGUUCCGAUCCUGAUUUUACUGUAAAAUCUUUGAACCUUAAAAUCCCAUAAAAUCCCGAUUUAAAACUCUAAAAUCCAUAAAAUCUACGAUUUCUACGAUUUUGUACGAUUUCAAGGUUCAUAUAAAUUGGAUCAAAAUUAGGCCGGUCAAGUUGGGUUAUGCCCAUGAACCGAGUCAAAUUUACUUUCCCCAACCCAACAUAAUGAACAACACAACCCCAACCUGAAAGUUAACCCUCAAUUUAUUUUCAUUCUCUUCCUCGUAUCUUUCUCUUUCGCACGUCGGCGCCCAACUCCUUCCAUCAAUGAUAUCUUCCACCCUCCCAAUUAGCUUGUAGUUUGUUCCCACCACCCUCACAAUAAUCCAAAUCUCCAUUACAUUGCAAGCUUUUGUUCAUCUCCCAAUCCUUCAGCACCACUAACCCGACCUUUUAUCAAUUAAGAAGGGAAUGCAUCAAUCAAUGAGUUAUCUUUUCCAGAUGAUGGUAAUCAAGGAAAUAUGGUUAAUGGUGAAAGUACUUCAAGUGAUCAUAAGAGUAAUGAUAUUAGUCCUUAAACAAAUAAAAACGAUGAGAGUGAGGGUGAGGGUGAGGUUGAGGAUGAUGACGAUGAUGUGUAAGUGAUGUUAAUGUUGAUCCUAACGAUCUUAUGUGAUUUUCUACUCUUAACAAUUAAUUAACAGUGAUAUCUAUAAUGUUUCAGGUUUCUUAUUUGUGUGUUUCUAUUAUGUACAAGAAAAAUAUAUGGAUUAGUUGUGUUUGUUUAGCAAACAAACUUAUCUUGGGAAGUAAUUAUGCUUUAUGUGGUUGAUUGUUAUUCAAGAUAUGCAUUUUUAUUACUAUUUAGUGUUUUAAGUAUUUAUUUUAAUAUGAACCUUAAAAUCUUACGAUUUUACGAUUUUAAUCUACGAUUUCGAUUCUACCUCAGUUUUCGAUUUUACUUAAAAUCUAGAUUUUGACUGCAUUGACCAUACGAACCAUAUAAUCUAAAAUACAUCGGUUUACCCAUAUCGUCCAUUAAUUAAUUAUAUCAAAAUAUCAAUUAAUCAUAGUAAGAGUAAAAUCUCGUCUUCAUCUAUUAAUAACUUGAAUCAUUCUAAAAAGGACCAUACCUAAUAUAUAAUUCACAUGAUUACCAAAAAAUCAUUUGAAAAGGUCUCCCUUAAUAACACAUCAUUCAAUAAGUAUUUUUUAAAGUACAAUCUAAAUCAUAGUUCGUUAUAAUUCAUUAAUAAGUCUACCUUCAAUAUUUCAAUUAAAUACUCAAUUAACCAUAUCUCAAAAUUAAUCUUAAAACAUAAAUUAAAUUUAGACCAAGAUAAAAUAUCUCAUGGUAAUCACUUUGAACUCACACUCUAGUUUAAAUAAUUUUUUCUUAAUCACCACUAUUCUGAAAAUCAUAAUACGUUCUCUUUAAUAAAUAAAAACCACGUAAAAACUGGUGGUUUCAUCCAUCCAAAAAUCCAACUAAGUUCAUAAAUUUUUUAUUUUAAUUAUUCUAACCAGAAUUCAAUUCUCAUAUACUCAUCCAAUUUAUUAAUUCCCAAUUUCAUCCUUUUAACAUCAUAACAUCAAUUAAUUCUGAAAACUCAAUUAUUACCAAUAUAAUCAUUCUCAUGGUAAGAUUUCAUGACUAAAAGCCAUCUCAAAUUCCUUAAAUAUCCUUUCCUCAUUCUGAUCUCAGUUAAUAUUUUAAGCAAAUACUUUGUAUUCACUACAUACGCCAACAAUUCAAAUAUGAGAAUAUUAAUAUUAAUUAUCAUAAUACUCAGUUAAAUUUAUCGACAAUUUCAUCCAAUACCAUAAUCGAGUAAGAAUGAAAAAUCCAUCAUAAUAAUCAAUCAUCAAUUCAAUCAUGCGCAUUUAAAGAUAAACACGUAAUUUCGUUUCCCUUUUACCCUAAGCUCACACACCUUAUUUAUGAGGAAACUGAUUUGGCGACUCUGUAAAUUCCAAAUAUCACUUCUAUAAUAUUCUCCUCAUCCUCACGAUCCUGUAGGCGAAGACGGUUCAUCAUUUGAAUGUCAAAUGAAGGAACUAUGAACGAAAUAUGAAUUCUGUAACAACUCAAAGAACUAGGUACUGGUUUCGUAAUUUUUCAGUCAUCAUCUGAUCAUUGACAUCUUUCACAGGUAAAUUAUAGAAAGGUACUCAAAAUUUUUGUACUCGUAGUAAUGGUACCUGAACCGAUCGAUUUCAUUCCAAACUUCACAAGCUCGUAUCUUACUCGUCCGACGUCGAAAAUGGGUUUCAUUGAAACGUGCGCGCUCCUGAGAUCGUCCUCUUUGUCAUGGUACCAAACUUUUGGAGUUUUGUUGAAGUCAACUACGCCGGUGCCGCUGACGCAACUUUCCGGCGAGCCUCCAACGAACUCUUACGAACCUCCAAAGGUGAUUCUAACUCCGUAGAUGGGUUGUCACACCUCCAUAUUAUCCUAAGGGCUCGUUCAGUAUCAUUUUGUUGUUGUGGUUGCAUUGGAGUUGGGAGAACAGAGGUACAACAACAGAAAAAAAUCAGAAAACACAAAUCUAUUUAGUUGGUAAAUAUGAGAAAUCAAGUAAGCUGACAACAAGAAAUAAAAACGUGUUUAGUUACUUCUGUAGGAACUAAAACCAGAAAUGAGAGAGAUAUAUUUUCAAUAAUAAGCAUAGACUCAUAUAUAUAUAUAUAAUAAUAGUUGAACAUCUUUUGUAUCGGUUUCAAGUUUCAACUCAACUACAAAACUUAGAACACUUUACAUAUGUUCUUCUAUAAAAAAACAGUAACAAAAUUUUACUAUGCAAUUCAGACCACUCCUAGCUCAAAUUUAGAUGCAUGAGGAAUGUACAGCCCAUAGCUUGGUCCCCUGGUAGAACAAUAAAUCCCCAGAAGGUUGAUGCCUCUAUUUCUUCAAUAAAUCAUAUCCAUGGUAGAACAAGGCAUCAUAACUUUGUCCCCUGAUGAACAAUAAAUCCCCAGAAGGUUGAUGCCUCUAUUUCUUCAAUAAAAAAAAGCUUCCCUCAUGCGAUUUCCUCUUCGUGGCCAUCUCCAACAAUCCAAAACAAAUUCUCCAAUUCCAAAAGAUUGCCUCAAUAAAAAUUCCCUCAAUUACAAAACAAACUUCCUACUUGCAGUAACGCAACAUCCAACAUAUUCAAACUCAAUGAAGUCAGGAGUCUAUAAUUCGCACACAAAUGAUGUGAUCCAAAUUCGAAGAGAACCCUCGAACUAGGAUGAUAUGACUAAAGUACGCAGCCUUCCUUCUUUUUAAGGAUUUUCGAAGCUUUUCUCCAACUUGAACACUCGAAAUAAAAGGAUAGAUAUGGAACACAAUCAAACAGAUUUCAACUCGUGUGAAAGGCCAAUUGGUAUAUGAAACCAAUCAAACAAUCACCCACUCGUGAAUAAGGCCAAUCGCUAUUUGGUAGAUGCUCGCCACAACUAGACGCGUUCUCUAGUUGAUAAGAGACACGUGAAACUCCUGGAGACUCUCGACAGAAGCUUGCACAAAGAACUCGUUCACAAUGAACUAGAACUCAACUUUGAUUGAUAACUUGAAUAUUGGGUACCAAAUUCGUAGGUCUUACACCCUCAAUUUAUAGAUGUGUCAAAAACAUAAAACUAACCCAAAAGGACUAAGAAAACAAAUCCCAAAUUAAGUAUGAAACAUAAUACUAAUUAAAUAAGGACUAAAACUACUAAGUAAACUCCUACUUAAUCAAAAUAAAUAAUUAAAGAAAUAAAUAUUGCAACGCCUUUCCUUUUGCCUUGCGGAAUGAAUUCCGGUCCGCCAGUUUCCGUAGCAGCUGCGCAUCCUUCUUUCCUUGUCCUUUGCGGAAACCUUCUCUUUGGCGGAAUUGAGAAUCUCGCCCACCAAUUAAUCCUUCCGGCUCAAGAUAGGGUGCAUAACCAUUGGUUAUGCAUUCAUCAAUAACCAAAUCAAGACCCUUUAUUUAGGAAAUCCAGAUCUAAGGAUGGAGAAUUAAAGACAAUUUUUAUUUUCGCUAGCUUUCUUAAUCGGCUCAUAUCUUUUUCAUUUUAACUCGGAUUUCAAUUUUUUUUUUUUUGCACAGGUGGAACGAGUUCAUCGUGCUCUCCAAAAUGAGAUCAAUUUUCAAUAUUUUUUUAGAACAAAAAAUUUUGGCCUCUCGGUACCAACUGCAUACCAUAUGGUAUUUUUUUCAUUUUUAAUUCAUUUUUGAAAACGUUUGCACAGAAGGGACGAGUUCAUCAUGAUCUAUUGGAUCUACAAAUUUCUAGGUGAACAAAUUACAGGAUCAAAA